AUGCGCUUUUGCACCCUUCUCGGUUGUGAUAACGCCAUCUGGACAUGGACAGGCCGUCCCGUUCAUGAUGUCGCUCUACAUAUGCUGGUUCUUAGUGUUGUUGUCGCGUUCAUGGUUAUGCAAUCUACCCAGAAGCACCAGACUCAUACCGCCAACUCUUCAAGUGCACCAGCAAACAUUAGCCCUAAGUCCCAAGGUGACCAUAUUGAUGAGAGCGCAAUUAAUGAUGACCGACUGGGCGACCGAUGA